UUUCAGUGAUAGUGUUUUGUGUACAAAUACUGUGAAACGUAAAUAAUUCAUCCAUUUUCGAAUAAUUUGCGUCGUAAAAAUUGUUAAUUUUGUAGUGUAAAUUGGUUUAAUUAAAUGCGUUAAUCAUGAAGUACGGAUUGAGUAGUUCGUCUCCACCGAGGAUGUCUGCCCCAUCAUCUGUAUGCUCCGACGAUAGUUUUGAAAUCGUGAACAAUGAAGUGGACAUUGAAGAGUCAAAAGACGACGUCUUUUCUCUGUACAAGCCAAAGGUGACUUUCCACGAGGUAUUCGAUGUAUAUCCUAUGGAUGCGGAUAUCGUUGCGAAAGUAACGUUCGAUCAUGACUACCUUAAAUCAGAUGAGGAUACCGUUGUUGUAUUACCAAUAGCAUGGAAAUCCGUUGAUCAGGCUUUAUGUGCCGCCAACAUCAAUGGCAGUUACGUCAGAUUCGAUGUGAAAGAUUUACCUAAGAUCGGAGCCGAAGAUAAAUUCUACCAAUUAUGCUACUGCACCGGCGAGAAAAUCGUGAUGGGAGUCAGUAUACCGUUUUCGUUCCGCGACGUACACGAAGACGAAUUGGUUGAAUUUCAGAAAGAACAGAAUAAAGAGUUUUGGACGUUCAGAAGCAGAUUCGCCGUGUUGACGGAUAAUUAUUGGAACUCCUUGAUGGAAAAACAAGCCAACGCUGAUAAACUUGCUUCGAAUUCCGCACCUGAAUCGGCAUCUCCCAUCGAUGGCGAUCAAAAAGCUCCGAAAGAAACCGAAGUCGCAUCCGAGUUACUCAGAACAUCCGAUCAUUUCUCAGCACUCACGCCCGAAAAAGAAACACCCAAUAAGAGCUCUUCCGAAGAAAUAGGCGCCGGCGAACCUCGCGAUAACACCUCAGAUUCGGAUAAAAUCACCGAAAACGUGCCAGCACGAGAUAAAAUUCUUUUAUUCACGAUUAUGGAAGCUGAAAACGAAGCCAUUAAACAGGAAAAUCAAAAAUUGAAAGCUAUGGUAUUCGAAAUAAUCCGAGCUAUGUCGAUCAACGAUCGAGAUACGUGUCGCCGAACUCUGAGCAACGCCAUUAACGGUCACGGAGAAGUAUUCGCCGAAGCGGAAUUCUCCGAGCUGUGCGAAUUGUUCCGAAAAAGUCUCAUCGAGCCUGAUGUUGUAAAAUCAUCGGAGAAAAAAAUCAUAUUCGAGGUGACUGACGAUGGUGAUCUCGACGAAGAAGACGAGGUUGUUUUGAUCAAACACGAACGUGAUCAUGAAACUGCUGCCGAACUUGCUGCCGAUCGUGCUGCUGCGAUUGCCAAUGAGUCAUACGAACGGUCUGCCACCGCUGCUGUCGCCGCUGCGAACUCGUACACUAAUGAGAAAAUCUUGUUGUUUAAAAUUAUGGAAAACGAAAACGCCGAAUUGAAGGAACAAUACGAAAAAGAACAUCAGCAGCAUACCGAGGCUAAAAAUAUCGUCAAGAACUUGAAAGAUAUCUUAAUCGAAAUCAUGAACUCGACCGCCCUCGAAGAUGAAAUUCGCCAGAAAAUCGAAACCUCUCUGCCCUCGAUCAGUGCCGCAUUCAAUACCGAAGAACUCGACCAAGUUCGCGAACUAUUAAAGAAAGAAAUCGCGAAACUUAGCGACGAAAUACCCGAAGACUUGUUGAAAAAAGUCGACGCUGCGUUUGUGGUCACAUCCGAUGGGAAUAUCUUAUUCGCCGAUCAAUGGGAAAAGCAAAUAGCUGACCAAGCACCCGUACCUGCUGCAGCUGAUGAUUACGUCGUCGAAUUGGAAGCUAAAUUCGCUUCGUCCGUAGUUGAAAAAGAGAAACUUGAUACGGAAGUGAAAACGCUACAAGCCACAAUCAAGGACUUGAACGAACAGCUGAUCAAUCAGAGGCAAUCCGAAGUCGAGAAAAUGAUCACUGUUACCAAUAAUAUGCGAGACCAGUACAUGAAGAAUAUGAGCAAAUUAACCGAUUCGAACAAAGUCUUGGGAGAUAAAUUAACCGACAAAGAUAAAGAAAUCGAAACGUUGAACAGGAAUUUGCUAGAUGCUUCUAAACUAUUGACGGAUAACGAACGAGAAAUACGAGAUUUGAAAGCUCGCGAUCAUACCUUCGUCGGAUUCUUAGAAAGACGUAAUUUGAAAAGGAUAUCGGAAUUGAGAGAAACGUUACAGGAAAUGUAUUCGAAGAGAUGGGCCGAACGUCAAGAAAGUGCUAAAUUGAAAGAAGAUUUGCUCACUACACAAACCAUGCUGAACAGUUUAUGCGACGAAUUGGAGAAAUCCACUCUGAGUAAAUCUCCCGUGAAGAUGGAGAAUUCGGCUCAAACUGGCGAAAAGGUGGAAAAUUCGGCCCAAACGAGUAACGAUGCCAGCUCUGGACCAUCUGAGGCGGGAUCUUUGAAGGGAUUUGCCCAUAAAUUGGCUACCGAACUUGGCAAAGCUAGUGGCAGUUGUUCAGCUGCAUCGCCAGCAUCAGCACCUCAAGUAUCAACACCUGAAUUGGAAACGACUACGCUCGCAUUCCGUAGAAUCAAGCAAAGGGAACAGGCAUUAGCAGCAAAAUUAGUAGAAAUGACAGCCGAAUUAGAAAAAAUGCGAACAACCCACGACAAAACUAAAACGGAUCUCGAAAGCAGACUCAAAGAUGGUGCUAAACAGUACGCGAAAUUGUACGUGAAAUACGAUAAAUUAUUGAAACGCUCGCAAACCACGUCUCGCGAAUCGUCCGCCAACUAAUUAAAGAGUAAAUGGUUUUAUAUAGUUAGAUUUUUCCUACCGAUUUGAUUUUUUUUGGCCAACUUAUUGUUGCUUUUCACUUAACGAUGUAUUGGUAACGAUGUUUUUUUUCUAUGUUAGUUUAAUUUUUUCAUGUUUAAUCGAGUUUUUUUUCCAUCUGUCCUUAUCCUAUAUUAUAUAUUGUUAUUUUAUGGGGUGAAGAAUAUACUUUUUUGUAAGUUUUUUAAAAAAAAUACAUUAUCGUAGCAGUAGUGUCCGAAGCAGAAUUUCCUGUAGCUUGAAUAUGUAGAUUAUUAUUAUUUACGUUUAUACUUUAUUAUUAAAAUUUUACUCGUAAUGAGAGGUAUUUUAUUAAAAUUUUAUUCAAUUA